AUGACAACCAUUCGGAGUUUAAGUGGAUUCAACAAACGCCUGGAGGCUGCAGAGCAUAAGCUAAUUGUUCUGGAGUUUUAUGCUACUUGGUCCGCCCCAUGCAAAGACAUCGAUGAGGCGGUUAAAGCACUCGCCCGCCAAAAUGUUGACAAGGCGGAAGUCAUACAAAUAAAUGUUGACAAAUUUGAGGACUUGGUGGACACAUACAGGGUGCGUAGAAAGCCAACCUUUGUGUUCAUCAAGAACAAGCGGAAUAUAUACCGCGUCAAUGGCGCCGACGAGGAGAAACUGAAGCACACGUUAUUCGAGCUCUGCAAAUGA